GCGGAGGGUACUUGAUGCACACGUGCACAUACGCGUAUGUAUGCAAUGUUACUACCUAUAUGCGCGUAUCGCCUGCCCAUAUGCUAUAUGCAGGUACACUUCACUUAUCGGUACCGCUCUAUCCACCCCGACCUUGACCCAAGUAUCAGCUUUGGCCUUUGACUCUUCCUCCGCCAAACACGCACUCGUCAACACUUGAGUCUACCGCCACUUACAUACUAUAGUCCCUCCGCCGGCCGGCUCACCGACACCUCCCGCUCUCCGAUACGCCGUCAACUCACCCAUUCAUUCAUUCAUUUGCAUGUGGCAUCCUUCAUUCCUACCCCCUAUCUCUUCUCCGCUCCCCCACGCCGCAGAUCCCUGCCUGCUUCUUCACCACUAUCAUCCACACCCCUCCACAUGGUCACCGCUACGGCGGCGCAACAUAGCAUCUUCUAGACCGCUGGCAGAGAUGCCUGGGCUGGCCGCCUCUCGCUGGGCCCCCCGGCGACACUGCUCCCGGUCCGGCACCCUGCCCGACUCUCCGCUGCUACCGGCCUCGCAGCCCCCCAGCUCCACGACCCCCCAGACCCCCCGGACCACCCAGGCAACCCAGCCGGACCGGCCGUCGCCCGAUCGCGAGCUAUCGCGGUUCCUCAAGAUCAUCGCGCGACUCAAUUGGAAAUUGCCUUCUCUUAAGCAGGGAUACAUGGUGGCGAAGAACAGCGCGGGCAAGCCGCGGGACCAGGCGGAGAUGCACGAGAUCCAGUUCAAGCUGGACUUCCACGAGUUCUACAUGCUGGUCGAGCGGGCGCUGGUGCGGCUGCUGGCCGUGUUCGGCGUCGCGGUGGACGGGGGGGCGCCGCGGCCGGACGCGGGCGCGUUCCCGGGCCAGCAGCAGCAGCACCGGUACCACGCGAACGUGCUCGCGGCGCUCGACAACGCGGAGAACCCGCUGCACCGGGUCUUCGGCCAGCCCGAGGUCCGCCGCCAGCUGCUGCGCGCUAAGGAGCUGCGGAACCGCUGGAAGCACGCGGACGACGAGGACGAGCCCAGGCGGCCCCCGCCCGCGCCCCUCCAGGCCUACAACCUCGAGCUGAUCGUCGCCACCGUCCUCCAGGCCAUCGACCAGGCCCACGUCCUCGCCGUCCAGUACAUCCGCGAGAACAGCGGCGGGCUCGCCGCCGGGCAGUCGAACCCGGCCGCCGACGAAGAGGACUGGGAGUUCAUGGUGGAUGCCAUGGACUGGGAGGCCGUCUGAGCCGCGCCGUUUGCUUUCGGUGCAUGCAGUAUGCUCUCGCGCCGUCGACAGGGCAUGGCAUAGCAGGUCAAGGUCAGGCGUCAGCAAAAUUACCUCCCUCGGAUCCCUUGGAGUGCGGAAUGCCUUGAGUGCUUUUUUUUUUUUGCUUUCACGGGGCAGGGGUUGGUCGUGGUGUUUAUUCUCGUAACCUAGCUAGAAUCUGUGAUACCCGGACGUCUAGGGGGCUAGACGGUUCUCCCACCGUCGCCGGUGCGGGACGUGUGACGGCAGAGUCGAGACCCUCUUACGAUUCCAAAAAUAUGUUAUAUACCUAGUUGGUUUCCCACGAGCUGCGGGCUGGUUGUUAUUUUCCUGCUGGUGUUGCUGUAGGAUCGGGGAUGGAUGCAGAGGGGGCGCCGGCCAGCUCUCUGCUGGUCUCUAUGCAGCCACCAGAGCUUCGGCGAGGGCAUUCCCCCGUUAUUGUGUAUAUUAUAUAGGUAUAUCAAUUCCGUACCUGGACGGUGUACCUACCUAAUAUUAUUGCUUAGUAC